CGUGACAUUUCAAGGUCAUAUCGCCCGGAUGUGCCCAAACGGCUGCGGCGGGGGAGCUGCAUCAGCGCCAGCACCUCCUCCGCCGUCCACCGAGCCGGCAGCAGAGCGCCGGUAAUCCAGAUGCUGCUCGACGGGCGACCGUGUCACGCGCUGGUGGACACGGGCUGCGAGGAGACCGUGGUGUUCGCGGGUUGUGUCGAUAAAUGGGAUCGAUGUGAGACAAACUUGACCGCGGUGAAUGGGAGUGUCGUGCGAUGCUGCGGGAGUGCAGAGGUGCUGCUGGAGGCACAAGGCCGGCGGGCGGUGGUCCGUGCUGUGGUAGUGGCGGAAAGGUUGUUGGGUGUUGACGUGCUGUUGGGCAUGACCGGGUUAGAGGCGCUGGGUGGUGUGUUUGUUAGUGGUGGAGAGGUGCGUUUUGGUGGUAAAGUGGUGACGGGGGAGCGUUCGGGGUGCGCCGGUGUAAAGGCAGAAUCGAGCGGUAUGUCGGCAGCGGUGUCUCAGGGGCGUGGUCCAGUGGACAGACAAAUCGAGACGGCUGAUUUUGUGGCUAAGUUCAGCGACGGAAAGUGGACAGUUUGGUGGAGGUGGGCCGACGGAAAGGAGCCAAAACAACUCAAGAAUACUGUGCCGCAAUAUCGCGUGCCGGCAGAGUCGCAAGAGCGGUUCGACGCAGAGUUACGGCUGUGGAUCGAGGAAGGGUGGCUGCAACCGUACAAUGAGCAGGAACACGGGCCGGUGCGUGGCCUAAUUCCGCUCAUGGCGGUCACCCAAGAAGCCAAGGACAAGGUCAGGCCGGUGCUCGACUACCGUGAACUGAAUGAGCACCUGGUGGCUCAUACGGCUGAAGCUGAUGUGUGCCGCGACCAGCUCCGCAAGUGGCGGCAACACGGCGACGAUGUGGCCGUCAUCGACCUGAAGAAGGCGUUUCUGCAGCUGCACGUGGCCCAGGAGCUGUGGCCGUUUCAGACGGUAAUCGUGGACGGCCAGCGACAUUGUCUGACAAGGGUCGGAUUUGGUCUCAGCGUUGCAAGCGGCAUCAUGCGAGUGGUAGUGCGGGAAGUUUUGGAUCAAAGUCCAGAGAUCGCAAAAGCAGUGCUCCCGUACGCUGACGACCUACUCGUCAACGAGACGCUCAUCUCUGCUGAGCGGGUGGCCGAACAUUUUGCCGCAUACGGGCUCUCGUGUAAGCCACCGGAACGGGUAGCGGAUGAGGCCGGAGCCCGGAUGCUGGGGCUCCGAACGUGGUCACCUGCGGCGCCGCGGCGCGCUGAGGUCGCCGCCUCACCGCCCUGA